CCAGGAGGGGCGGAGCCGGCGGCGGAGAGUGAUUCGGGCGGGCGUAACUCCGAACUUUUGUUUGGUGUGUCGUGUGAGUUAGUUUCCGCCGCCGGGACAGAGGCGCCGGCCGGGCUGGGCCGGGCUCGGGGAAGCGCCGCACGGUCAGAGUUGUUUUGCCAGUUGCUGCGGCCGGGUCGGUUUCCCUGCCGAGGGGUGAGAAGCUAGCCGGCGACAGCAGGACGAGCCGCGGCCCGGGGAGCGGGGCAUGCGGGGCUGGGAAUCCGGGCUCUGAGCCGCCGAGCCCCGCCAGGGAAGCGCCGGUGGGGGGGGGGGGGGGUGUCCCGACGGAGCCAUGGAUCCCGGGCAGCCUCAACCGCAGCAGCCGCCGCAGGCGACCCAGCCCCCGGCCUCGCAGCAGCAGCCGCCGCCGCCGCAGCCCCCGGGCGCGGUGUCGGGGGCCCCGGCCGGCGCGGCGCAGCCCCCGGGCGCGGGGCCCCCUCCGGCGGGGCACCAGAUCGUCCAUGUGCGGGGCGACUCGGAGACCGACUUGGAGGCGCUGUUCAACGCCGUGAUGAACCCCAAGGGCGCCAACGUGCCGCACACGCUGCCCAUGAGGCUUCGGAAGCUGCCCGACUCCUUCUUCAAGCCGCCCGAGCCCAAGGCCCACUCCCGCCAGGCCAGCACUGAUGCAGGGACAGCAGGAGCCCUGACCCCACAGCAUGUCCGAGCUCAUUCCUCUCCAGCAUCACUGCAGCUGGGAGCUGUUUCUCCAGGGACGCUUACACCCUCUGGAGUAGUGACUGGACCUGGCGCUCCAUCUUCUCAACAUCUCCGCCAGUCUUCAUUUGAGAUCCCUGAUGAUGUACCUUUGCCACCAGGUUGGGAGAUGGCUAAGACACCAUCUGGACAGAGAUACUUUCUUAAUCACAUUGAUCAAACAACAACAUGGCAAGAUCCUAGGAAGGCCAUGCUUUCCCAGAUGAAUGUUACAGCUCCCACCAGUCCUUCUGUGCAGCAGAACAUCAUGAACUCAGCGUCAGGCCCACUCCCCGAUGGAUGGGAACAAGCUAUGACCCAGGAUGGAGAAAUUUACUACAUAAACCAUAAGAACAAGACCACAUCUUGGCUAGACCCAAGGCUUGACCCACGCUUUGCCAUGAAUCAGCGAAUCAGCCAAAGUGCUCCAGUGAAGCAGCCACCCCCUCUGGCUCCUCAGAGUCCCCAAGGCAGUGUGAUGGGUGGAAGUAGCUCCAAUCAGCAACAACAGAUGAGACUUCAGCAGCUACAGAUGGAGAAGGAAAGGCUGAGACUGAAGCAUCAAGAACUGCUUCGGCAGGUGAGGCCACAGGCAUUGCGGAAUAUCAAUCCCAGCACAGCAAAUUCUCCAAAACAUCAGGAAUUGGCUCUCCGUAGCCAGCUUCCAACAAUGGAACAAGACGGUGGAUCUCAAAAUCCUGUGUCAUCUCCUGGAAUGUCUCAGGAACUGAGAACAAUGACUACAAAUAGUUCUGAUCCCUUUCUUAACAGUGGAACAUAUCACUCCAGAGAUGAAAGCACAGACAGUGGACUUAGCAUGAGCAGUUACAGUGUCCCCAGAACCCCCGAUGACUUCCUGAACAGUGUUGAUGAGAUGGAUACAGGUGACAGUAUCAGCCAAAGUAACAUACCGUCCCAUCAGAACCGUUUCCCAGACUACCUUGAAGCCAUUCCAGGGACAAAUGUGGACCUUGGGACACUGGAAGGAGAUGGGAUGAAUAUAGAAGGAGAAGAACUGAUGCCAAGUCUGCAAGAGGCUUUGAGCUCUGACAUCCUUAAUGACAUGGAAUCUGUCUUGGCAGCCACCAAGCUAGAUAAAGAGAGUUUUCUUACUUGGUUAUAGGGGCCUCAGGGAGACUGAAUUCUAAAUCUGUGAAGGAUCUAAGGAGAUUAGGACAUCUGUAUCUGAAGUUCAGAACAAGCCAGUGUGGCACACUUUGGUUUGUGUUCAGAAAAAGUAAAUGAACAGAUAUUCAACAAGAUUCUUUCGUUUUGCUCUUCCUUGUCCAUCGCUGCUGUUAUAUAUUGCUGACUUUUUUCCACAGUUGACUCUGAAGAACAGACAUCUUCUUGAUCUUUUUCUAUUGCUGUUGCAACUACUGUUCAAGGGGGGUGGGGAGGGGUGAUGAGCCUAUUUGGAUGACGAAUGCCAUUCCUUUUGUCCUAGUGUGCGCUUGCAUAUCAUUUUAUCUAAGUACUCAGAUUUGAGAGUUAAUUUCUGCAUGUCACUGCUUGUAGUUUGCUCAGCUAGUUGUCUCCUGCUGCCUGUGGCAAGUGGUAAAACAUGACAUACUGGGGUGACAAGCCAAAAAUGAUGUAUCUGGUCAAAAGAAGUCAAUACUGAUUUGGAGAUAUGACUUAAAGGAGGGCUGAAGACUGUUUGGCAUUAAGUGUUUCUACUAGUAGCUCUUUCAUUAGUCACAAAGUGCUCUUGUUCAUAUUUUAUGUUAUAGUAAAUCAUGAGUCAUUUUACAUAGAAACAUAUAUGAACUUUGAUUGUUGCCACAUAUUCUAGCCUAACUUUUGUUUGUCAAAAAUAGUUUGAUUAUUUUUGUUAGUUGGUUUAACUGUAGCUGUAGGAUGGGAAGUAAUUAUAGGUGUUCUUUUUUUUUUUUUUAUAGUGAAAUCUAAGGUUUUUUUCCUGAUUUCACAUAGUCUUAUUUAAAUCUGAAUUGUCUGCUUUUUUUUAUACUUAAAACAUGCCUAUUGUAGCCUGAUAAGCUAGUGAGUACAUAAACCAGUAUGUUUUGCCUGUAACUUUUUUUAUUUUUUUUAAAGGCUAGCUUUGAAUGUAAUCCAUUAGAAUUCAUGACCAGUGGCUUAUUUUUCAUGUUUAUUUGCAAGAUUUUGAAUUAGAAUCUUAUUGCAGCAAUGUAAAAGUUAGAAUCCUAAGUGUUGUAUGUACAAUUUUAAAAUGCAUUUUAAAGUAGCAGAAACCAUUUUAAAAUGACAGAUACAUCUAAUCUCUCUUCUGGUUUUCAGUUUUGAUAUCUAAGUGAGUUUAGAUUUUAAAAUCCUUAAUGGGAAAAAAAAUUAUGAAAAGUUUCUCUUAAGUUAGCAUGGAAAAAGUCUGAACUGUUAAUAUCACUCUAAGUUGCAAUGAAAAGGCUAGAACACCAAAAAAAAAAAAAAUCCUCAAGAAAAACUCCUAAGUGUAAUAGUUAUCAAAUUCUGUUUGGUGAAAAAUAAGCCCUGGACACUAUAUGUAGAAGAAUGUAAAGAUAUGUGUUAGAUGGUGACAUGAGCAGGUAAUGAAGUGUAUAUUAGUAGUAGAGCUUAGCAUGGGGUAGAGGUGAAUAUGAAUUAUCUUUAUUUUAACAGGAAAAGAUGUAUCACUAAGUUGUCUGCAGGAGUUGACACAGUUUCCAAAGAGUAUUUUUAAAUGAACAAAAUGAGCAUGAAUCAAACUUUCAGUAUAAGCUAUGAAGUUUUGUGGGGCUUUUGGGUUUUUUCUGAUGAAAAAUAGUGUCACCAGUUAACACCUCUAUAAUUAAGGGCCUGUCACCAUUCUCAACAUGAGCCUUUAUUUUCAAGGGUGUAUAACAUGGCUAUAAAGAUACUGUAAGCGUGAAACUUGGUUUUGAAAAAAAUCUCAGCUAGCAGGGACUUCUCCUGGGGAGAGAUUUUUGGGGUUUUUUUUUGUUUUGUGGUUUUUUAAAGACAUUGAUUAUUUUUCAAGUUUGGAAUGAACCAGCAAAACAAAACAACAAAAACCCCUGUAUUAUUAUCAUUUGAGGUUUUUUAUGCUUCAGAAGUAGUUCUGUUUUGAGAUAAUAUAAAGAAUGAAAACUCUGAACCAAGUCUCAUUUUAAAAACUGAAGCAGCAGAGGCAGAGAUGUGAAAUUUGCCACUACAAAUCUACAUUUACUACUUUACGUAAGGAUCUUAGUGUUUGAAAUACAUAAAAUUGUUUGCGACUUGUUAUGGGAUACAAGCAGGUUUUAAAAUACGAAUUUUCAAAACACAUCCACAAUGACAAAUAUAUUCUGCUACACCAACAAUUCAGCGAUUAAUAGGCCACUUAUAUUGUGCAAUGACACAGUAGCUCCUAAAGCAGUUUAUUGUGUCCAAGAUAGGGAUUUUAGUAGCAUUUUUACAAUUUCAUUAUGAAUUCUUCUCUUUCUUCCCUUCAGGAAAAAAAGACACUAAGUUGUUAUAACUUGAAUGGUCUGACAUAAAACCACAACAGCAAGGAAAUUCAGAGUUGAUUCCAUUUCAGUUGUCUUCCACAGUUGUAUCCAGGUAUAAUAGCACAUACGAUGCACUGAGUGCAAACUCCUGACAUGCUGUACCUUGCUACAACAGGGAUGAGUACAGAACAAAUUUUCUUUCCUUGCUUCUGUGUGUUUGUCACAGCUUUAAUAUAUGAAUGUUUUCUUCUCAUUGUAGAAACACUAAAUGGCUUAUACUGUAUUUGGGUAGCACUGCUUAGGGUAGAUACUGACAAACUGGGAAUCCUUGAACUGCUCUAACAUGAAUUAUGUUUUAUGAUACUUAUUUUAAUUGAUUUUAAUACAUUUCCGUUCUCUCAUUUAUUAGGAAACAUACCACAGAGAUGCUGUACUGUUGGCAAUCAACAUUAAUCUGGAUUUUUUUUUUUUUUUUUUUUUAAUUCUGCAAAUGCAUUGUUUGAUGAAGUGGUUAAAAUUGUUUGAAAUGCGAAAGUGUUUUGGGUAGUAUUUUAUACUGAUGUAUAUAUUGAAACAGAAAUCAUUGUAAUAAUUGUAGUAGCUUUUAGUUACAAAUACACUACAUGCAGACAGAUGGGGCUGUACAGUACUGUGCUGUUCAACACCUGCGCAGGGCUACGGCUUGGAAACAGGCUGCAGUGUCAGUAAACCAUAUGGAUGAAAUAUUGUACCAUUCAGUGUUGGCGCUCACCAAUGCAAAAGGAGGAGAGACAAUUUCAACAUGAUUAACACUACAUAGCUUUCACACAUCUGGUAAAUUAGUACUAAAGUGACCUUUUCACUUACAAGCAUGUUUUUUAUACAAAUUAACAGGUUUGCCUGUGUAAAAUAAUUUGUUUUCUGUAUCUUGGAAAAAAUACUCUCCACAUUUAGAAUGUUGUAUGUUAGAGAACUCUUAAAUGCACCCUUGUCAAAAAUUAUAUAUAUUAGUUACCAAUGUUACUUUUAGAUAUGAGCAUGACUGUAAGUUAGGUACUUAAGUACGUUCUGUUACAUUAUUUUUCUUUAUGUAAUACUUUUUCAGUUGUUUUAUUUGGUAUAAAUAUAUACUUUGUGCUUAAACAUCUUUGUUUGUUUUUAACAUUCAAUAGUAUGUAAAGAUACUGGUUUUCUUCAGUAAGAUGGAUGCAUUGAAUUGUUGGAAUUCCUAUUGUAGUAUGUCUGUUCUCGUCCCCCUUGUCAAUGCUUUUGUAGUCAUAAACUCCAGUCCUGCAAACAUUGUGUACAAGCUCACCUAAGAGACAAGGGAGUCCCACUGAAGUCAGUGAAGGCUUAACGUUAAAGUAUGCAUCUCUGUGUUUGCAGUAACGAAGAGACAGUGACUCUACUGAGCCUCAUACAGUUUGUAUAAAACAAUACUUUAACUGCAUAUGGCACUAUAGUGAGAGCUGGUAACAGAACAUCUGUUAUCUACUAUAAGAAAGCAUCCACUUUUUGCAGAUAUGCUUGCAAUGUUCAGGAUCUUCCCACAUAGCAGAUACGUUUUUGGGUAACUAAGUUUAUACAAUAAUUUGUGGCAGACUAUCAAUAAAGACACGCUAUUUUCCUUUCCAA